AUGAUGUUGCUAAUGUCUGCGAUGACAGCCAUUUUCGUCAUAUCUCUAACCGGAGCUAUGGGAAAAAAUACCUGCACGGACCCUAGGGGCCGUUUAGCAUGGAAGGCUUUAGUGUCCACAGACAAAGGGCACAUGUUGUACACCGGAUUUAAUGCAUCGGUAUAUGUGUGCACAUACAUAUCGACAAUUAGUAAGGACAGCAGUACGAUGUCAAUAACUGGCUACUUCAUAUAUCAAAUCAACGAUCUUCCUGUCGUCUACACCGAUAUUGCCGUCACAAAAGUGGAAAACUGCGAGGGACUCUUAGGGACAUAUAACAAAACCAGUGGAGAGAAAGAAGCAGAGAGUACGAUUUUGUACACGAAUUUCGACACAUGCACUAUCUUCUUCAACCACUAUCAACAAGCCUGCCAGUUGUGGGCUUACGAAAACGCCACGAAUUCUGAUAUCCAAAGAUGCCUUCGCCGUUACAAAAAGCUCUGCGAAGGAACAAUUUACGAGGUCUACAACUCCACCUGUCUGACAUAA